UCCAUGCAAGGGCCUCAGGAUGAAUGAACGGACUCUAGCCAUGACUUACUAUGCAACAGAAGGAGUCCCCAGCGUAGCGCCGGCCAAUGUAACAAUCCCGCUUGUGACAAAGCAUUCAGCUGUCGUGAAAUGGGUGGCGAUAUCUGCAGACGAGUGUUUCGGAUUCCUUCGGGCUUACAGAAUUCACUACACAGAAAUCCUGAAAAACUUCUCUUUUGAUGUUGCCAUCAAUUCUUCAGCUAAGCAAUACCAGUUGAAAGAACUUAAGGCAAAAACUCGUUACAGUGUACGCAUCUCAGGAGUCACCGGGAAGGGAGAAGGAGCUCAAAGCCAGCUUCAAUAUUUCACUACGCUGAGAUAUGAUCAAGGGGAACUGGAAGGAAUCAUUGCUGGCUUUUGUCUUGGCAUCAUAUUGGCCCUAACUAUUGCUGUCAUACUUUGUUCCCUAAUGUUUAAAAGGUAA